AGUAAAGGGGGUUCCACUUAAUAAUUGUACAUUAGUUUGUGUCACAUGCAAUGCCAAUUAAAUAUAUAAAAGUUUGUGAAUAUGACAAUACAAAACGAACUAAUUUCCGCAGAGAGAUGCUUUUACUUUCACUUUGACCAAUAAAAUGUUUUUUUGGUUUUUUUACUUUCGUUUUUAUCUACAUCUGUCUACAACACUGUUCAGCUUCAAAUGCGGCACCGGCCAGAAUGAUACGAACAAAACAAUUCAAACUCCCAUGAUGAAUAUCAUAAUUUACUUCAGACAAACCGUAAAUAUGCAAGCUACGCUGGGUCCAGUGAUCCAUGGGACCAGUGUCGCGAGAACAAUUGCAAGGAGAAGUUUGGAGAUGGGACAUGUAACAGAGAAUGCAUGGAGUCACGUUGCCUUCGAGACGGAUUUGACUGCCUGAAGAAUCGUGGUCACUGCAAUCCGGGACACACUCAGUACUGUCGAGCUUAUUAUGCCAGCAAUCGCUGUGACCAGGGCUGCAACAACGCUGCCUGUGGAUGGGAUGGAAGUGACUGCUUCAGAGAGCAGAGCCCUCUGUGGGCUAAAGGCACCUUGCUUCUUCACACCAAAAUCCCAAAACAAAAUCUCUCCCUUGCUGUCACUCCUCUACUCUGGACCCUCAGCGUCAUCCUGCAGUCACCCCUGAAACUGAGGGGAAACAUUUCCCUUGCAGCAAACUUGAACUUGUUUGAUAUUUACCCUCAGAAGUUUGCUGACAUGCUGGCUCACUCUUCACCAACAGAUUCUAAUGGUUCCCUCCUGUUCCUACAAGUCGACAACAGGCCUUGCUCCAGGUCACCUUCUACCUGUUUCCCGUACGCUACUGAAGCCGGCAGUUUCCUACAUGCCGUGAUAAUGACAAAGCCUUCAACGUUCCCAAUGCUGCAGGAGCUGCAAGUCAUUAUCGGCAUCAGAGGUGUCCAAGAGGAAAUAGGAACCAGAGAGGAACAAGUGGAAGUUGAAGAGCAAACCCCUGCCUGGAUUUGGGCUGUAGCUGCCAUUGCAGUUGGACUUCUGAUUUUGAUUCCUCUGGUGGUCUUUCUGGUGAUGAGGAAGAUGAGAUUGCAGCGAUCAGAGAACAACGGCACUGUUAGGGUGAGACAUCGGUCUAAAGUUGCUAACGAUGAUGACAGCAGCAAAUCCAAGGCCUGGAUGCAACACACACCACACCAAGAGCAACGAGUUCGAUAUAGCAGAGAGAAAGAUAAAAUUAGCCUUCGGAAGAAAAAGAAAUACAAGGAAGCAGAGAAAAAGAGGAGGAGGGAACCGUUAGGGGAGGAUGCCAUACGAAUGCGGCCUAUGAAAAGGGAUCAAGAGCCAGGAAGUGACACAGAUUUUACCCAAAGCUCAAUGGAGGACAUCAACAUAAUGUGCUCCAGGCGACUGGAGGACCCAUCCAUCUGUGACCACAGGACCGCGGACCAGAGACACUUUCGGCCUGGAGCUGCUCAAACCCGCAGGCCAAUACAACCUCCACCUAGAGGAUGGGAAAGGAAUGCCAUGCCUCCUCCUUUGCUCAGUCCCCCCCAGCAGUCAGCAGAGUGGUGUGGUCCCGAUGGAUCUGUGGUUCUGAUCCGAGCUGUGCGCAGUGGGCUGGACAGAGUGGUUCUGGAACUGUUGCAAGCUGGAGUUCCAGUAAACAACACAGAUCAUACUGGGAGAUCAGCCCUACACUGGGCAUGCUCAGUAAAUCACCUCUCCCUGGCAAGGACCCUCAUUCGCUAUGGAGCUGCUGUGGACCUUCAAGACAACAAGGGUGAGACAGCGCUCUUCCUCUCCUCCCUCCAUGGCUGUUAUGACACUUCCAGGCUUCUCCUGCUUCAUGGUGCCAACCUGGAGCUGCAUGACCGGAGGGGCCGUCGUCCAAUCGAUGUGGCCAGAGAGGCCAUGCACCAUCAGGUCCUGGAGCUCUUGCUGGCUCACCAGAUCCAGAGAGGGCCUGUUCCUGUUAACACGGCCAGCGAUGUGAUGUGGGAGGAGCGUGCUCUAAUGUACUCGCCCUGGGUCAGUUCUCAAGGUCUCCCUGGAAGAAGCGCCUCAUUCUCUGGGAUGAUAGCCCAUCGAGACAUGACCUCACCACCUCAGAAUGAUUGGUCAAUGGGCCGAAUGCAGUACCCACCGCCCCAGAACUGGAGACCCCAGCUCAAUCAAUCAGCCACGGCACUCGUGCCUCCAAGAGUCAUGGGUCGUUCCCCUCGGCCAAUCAGUACCUUACAGGAGGUGACAUCAGAAGACGAGGAUCGUGACAGGCAUCACGAAAACCCCCGAGCCACUACACCUCACUUCCUCUCUCCCCAGCCAGCCCCCCGGCAGCGCUCUUUCUCUUGUACCCAGCAUGCACUGCAGCGCCGCUCCAGCGCUCUCCAGCCUGAGCCGAAUUACCUCAUUGUGACAGACAGAACAGCCAAUGAGCCCAUUGAAAGGGUGGUGGUUUCACCCCCACCGACCACUGCCGCCCAACCAGAUCGCCAACCAGCGAUGAACGUUGAAAAUACCAGCAGAGUGAAUCAGGCCGCAGUGAGUUCAGUGAAUACUGAGCAGAAACCCAACACAAACAGCACCACUGACUCCACGCAAACAGUCUUGUAGGAAAGAGAAGCAGGCAGUGAAAUACAAGAGGACAGGACUCAAAUCAGCCAUGUGCAAGAUACACUGGUUGAGUCAAGAAAAUAAAAAAAAUCUCUUGGACAUCUUGUUAUUAAUCAGUGUUUAACAGCCAUGUUACUCCUCAGAGACAUUCUUUACCACUUUUUUCACUUUAGGCUGUUCCUACUAUGCAGGGAGACAUUGUUGUAAAUAUUUUUUGGGAUGAAUCCCACUUCCUUUCUAAAGUUUUUCUAUAUUUUUCUUCUAAGCAACUAGACUUCUUGUAAUCUUAUGAAAUGGUCAUAUUCCACAGUCUUCCGGUCUUUCUGUAGUUUUCCUUUGGAAAGAAGUUAAAAAGCAGUGAUGGUUGAAAGAAAAACCUUCAGGAAGACUGGAGAGGUAUUGAUAGAGAUCACAAGGAUAUGACUCCUUUAAAAGGGAAUUAUAAUACAAUGAGAAAUGGUUCAAGACUUUUGCACAAGAUUGUGGAUGUUGCAGCAGCUUGUGUUCUGAUUAUUGCAGAAUGUUCAAGGAAAAAUAAUUUUAGAUCUGUGUCUAAAAUCAGAAUAGACCUGAUAGCCUAUGUACAAUAAACCAAUUUCUUUUACAUUUUUAUGUGCAUUUCAUCAUAUUUAUUUAAUAUCAUUGCACUCAAAGCAAAUUAUUAACAUACAGUAUAUCAGAAACCAGUGUCUGUUGGCAUUUAUUUUGUCAGAUGUAAUGGGACACUGUUUUAAUAUUAAAAUUAGGUUUCGAUCUUUUCUUUUGCUAAAGCUUACAGUUUUAGCAGAGCUCUGCAGUUAUAUAUUUUUCCCAAUACUCUUUAUGAAUUAUUUGGAAUACUUGCUGGCAUUUACAUUGUGUUCUCAAUCUGUUUUUGUUUUGCACAGAAAUUCAAUUCCUAGUAAGGUAAUUCAGUUAUAUCUUAUUAAAUUGUUAAUUGAUGCAAUGAAACUGUUUCUAUUUAGAUUUGCAGUGCAGAUUCAAAGAUCUGUACUACUUAAAAUGAUCUGCAAAGCAAGUAACCCUAAAUACAGUGCCAAAGUGUACUUCUACUAUCAUGCCAGGUUUUUCUUUUUGAAUUGCACAUUCAUAUCAAAGGCACUAAAGGGAAACUAUAGAGUUUUAUUGAACUAGCUGCAUAUACUCCAUGUGCAUGACCUUAAACUAAUAGUUUGUACAUUCAGUCUUCUUGAGUUUACAUCUGACACUUGUUAUAGAGAAUGUGAUGAACUAUGAAUAAAAUUAAGUUGUUUUA